AUGAGCAAUCGUACCAUCGGACGCUAUUGUCCCGAAAAGCGAAUUUCACAAUGGGAAAAUUUAAUGAGAAAAUUUUCUGAUUCUCGAAAAGUACAAAGCAAGGCAGCUCCUGUGGACAUUUCUCAAGCUGGUCUUUCUACAAAGACUUUCCCUACAUCUUCACGAUAUGAAGGUUCUUGGGGCAUUCUCGGUAUGAGUGGAUAUGGAAAAUACACCUUUCCAAAUGGAGUCACAUAUGUAGGUGAGUUUGAUGAUGGAGAGUUUCAUGGCAAAGGCGAGAUGCAAUACAAAGACGGCAUGGUGUUGCGAGGCAGGUGGGAAAAUGGGGUCAUGGUCGAAAGAACUCUGCUAUUCGGCGAUAGCCUGCAGUAUGAUGAAAAAGAUUGGAAAUACUGCAAAAUGCCUGAUAGAAGAUUUGCAAUAGAAUACGAGUGUGGAAUAAAGCCUGCUGGCGAUUCGUUUUUAACGGCUGAACAGCCCACCAGAAAGAUACCUCCCGGCCAUUAUGACACUGGAGACGGCUUCUAUGAUUCUAAGACAAAGAUGAUAUACAAAUAUGAUGAAGAAGGAGCAAUUUUGAGAGUUCCGUCACUUGACGAGCAAAAUUGGAUUGAAAGCAAUUGUCGUGUGAAUCCAGAAGAGCCUUUGGGUCCUCGUCCAGACUUGUAUGAAACAUUCACUCCACCAGUGGUGCAACCAGAGCCGCAUCCACCACCAGCGGCUGGCGUGAACCUCAUGAUGAACGGAAACAGGACACGAUCGAUGUACUCGUAUGACCAAGACGUUACAUCGAACCGCAAUGCAUUCAAAUUUCCAUAA